AUGGCAUCGUCAUCCUCCCCGUCAACCGACCUCUCGCAGGUCAAGUCCGCGGUGGACCCGGCGCUGCGGCCGGCGCACGAAGCGCUCUUCAACGCGGGCCUCGCGGUGCGCCGCGCCGUGGUAGGCGACGCAUACGUGGACCGGGCGCUGGAGAACGGGUCGAGCGAGUUCUCGCGUGCGGGCCAGGAGCUCGUGACGGAGUGGUGCUGGGGGUACGCGUGGACGCGGCCGGGACUGGCGCGCCGCGACCGCUCGCUGCUGAACAUCGGGAUGCUGAUGGCGCUGAACCGAGCGCCGGAGCUCGCGGUGCAUGUGCGUGGCGCGAGGAACAACGGGCUGAGCGAGACGGAGAUCCGUGAGGCGAUCCUCCAUGCGACGACGUAUUGUGGCGUGCCGGCGGGCGUGGAUGCCAUGAAGGUCGCCGAGAAGGUCCUCAAUGAGAUGGCGGAGAAGGAUGGCGUGCCCAGGGAGUUGGGCAGUAGGAGUAAGGAUGCUUAG